UGUGAAAAAGUCAAGUCACUUUUUUACGUCAUUUUAACUUUGGCCACUAAAGGAACUGUUGUAAGUCAAAGACUACCUGUAUCUUAAAACAUUCUUUCCCUCAGUCAGAUCACUUAUAUACCAAUUCCUAUCAUGAGUCCUGCAGACUUUCCAGGAGUAAAACUGAGGAAGUAUUUGCUAGUAUUUUAGCUGAGUUUUUGGAAAACUAUCUUGUAGGGAAAGUAACUCAGUUCUUUGCCUAAACUCUGAAACCAUUCCCGCUGCCUUGUACCCUUAACUGAACUGGAAACACAAACUUAUCUUAUAUGGGGAGAACGGAAAGAACAGGGGAGGGGUUACUGUACUGAAACAAUCAGAAUAAACGGGGGCGGGGCUACGGCCUCUUCUCGCACAGUUUUUCCUCCCAUACAGCUUGGCUUUCUUUCGUUCUCCACCAUUAGGAAUUAUAGGGUGGAGUUGAUUUUUGGAAUGACGCUUGCGCAGAGCGUGCUUUUCCAAAGUGUUCCAGCUGUAAGGACUAGUUGAAGUCCCGAAGCCGCCUGUAAAGGCAAAAAGAAGUGUUUGCCCCAGGUCAUACGUGGUGGUGGUGUUAUUGUUCUUCGUGGCGUCUGUCAACAAUAGAUUGGAUCUUUGCUGGCUACAUCAAAUGCUUCAAACCAGUCUCAGAAUUAAUUUUCAGCACUUUCUAGAGAAAAGUAUUAAACAUGGAUAGUGUAUUUCUCACAGAGGCUAAGGCCAAUUCUGUCUUAAAGAGAUACCCACGGGCUAAUGGACUUUUGGAAGAACUUAAAAAAGGAAACAUCGAGCGUGAAUGUUAUGAAGAACGCUGUGAUAAAGAAGAGGCAAGAGAAGCAUUUGAAAAUGAUGAAAAGACGGCAGAAUUUUGGAAAGACUACACCAGUGGACUCUAUGGAGGAAAUCAGGCAGGACAGAACUGGUACCCAUUUUACCUAACAUUUCCUCUAAUCAUUGGCCUUUUGGUGGUGGUUCUUAUUAUAUUUGUCACAUGGAGAUGCCUAUUCCAAAAAAAAAGACAUGGACAAUCCAUGUACACACAGAGCAGAAACAGGGAAGUUACAGGUGACAGAGCCAUUCCUGAUGGGAGAAAUCCCAUCCCUCAGUCAUUCAGUAUUCUUCAUUCUCCCCAAGAAGAAAUGUUUGAAGGCAGUGGACGCUACACAGAGGGACCUAUGGAUUUCUUAGCAAUCCCGUUGUCAAACUUUGAACCACCACCAUCCUAUGAGGAAGUUGCUGGUGAAAGAAGCACAGAGACAAAUGAAUUUGCAAAUCAUUUGGAUCCUCCUCCUCAGUACGAAGACAUUGUGAAUAGUAUUUCAGUACCUCAUGUUAACAUCAAAUGAAAGAGAAAGAGUAUAUGCUCCCUUUGUAGAAGCAAAUGAACCCUAACACUUUUUAGCACUUUAUUACAACUUGAUGUUUCAAAGAUUUCUACUGUAUAGCGCUAAUUCUUACUCUCCAAAUUUGGUUUUUUUUCUGUGAGAAUCCCUACAUUUGGGGAAACAAAAUAGUCUUCAGAGUGAACAUAUAUAACACUAUGUAUGAUAAUAUUGUUGUGGCAUAUUUUUUCUAUUAUUAAAAGUGGUGCUAAUAAAUGGCUCAAUUAUAAAAAUUGAUUAUCUAAGCAGAUGGCAACACAGGACUGACUUUAUCUAGGUCCAGAAAUUAAGGAGAAUUGGUUUUGAUUUCUAUUACAAUGGGAAACCUCCAGGGAAUAGCAAGACUGUAGAUUAAACUAGGAAGUCAAGGAAAGACCUUGAAGGAAAGGUGAACUACUUCUGUGUUGCUAUCAAGAAAACUACAUAGAUGUAUCCAUGAAAUCAUCAGAAGUCUGGCUUGAAAAAUACUUUACCUUGAACAAAAUGGAUUACAGCAAGAAAUGCUGACAAUUUCCCCCUCAGAAUAAGUAUUUUUGGAAACCUUGCAUAGCAAAACCAAGUAAAUCAUUUAGUAGGAAUAGUCAGGUUUGUCUCUAAAAUGCUUCUACUUGUUACAAUGAACACUAAUUAAAACUGAUGUAUGGAUAUUAACUAUAUUCAAGCACAUAUAUUUUGAUUCUUCAGAAGAGUGUUAAAGAGGUUUUGUGAUACUUUGAUCUAUACUUCCAUUUGUAAGCGCCUUAAAGACUAAGAUUCUGGACCACUUGCCAUGUUUUAUUUUGGCUAGCAUCACUCUAAUGGCAAUAGCUUCUCUUCAGGCAUUUGUGCACUUAGUAUAAAUGCUUGUAGAAGAGUAAUCACACUGGUUUGCAUCUCAGUAAGGGCUGUAAUGUCUCAUGUAAAAGUAUUGCUUUUCCCAAUGAAGAUGACUUCUAAAAUCAUUUACAUAAAAUGAGUGAACUUUUUAGGCAGCCAGUGUCAUUGGAAAGACAUCAGCCAACAAAGUAAUAACCCUUCCAGUUUAAAUAAGGCCUGAACAGAGUUAGUAGUCAGUAUUAAAAUACUUUUCCUUUGUGCAAUAAGUAAUAUACCAGAGAGUAUAGAAAAGGAAUGAGAAAUAGCAAUCCAAAGAAAUAAAAAUGUGAGGUUUAAAAAAAAUGGAAACACAUCUAAAAUUAGUGUACACCAUCACCAUUCACUAUACCUUUCCACAACUUUCUGUUUUUGUGACUAUCUUUGCUUCCACCAUUUCCAUACACUGCUUCAUACAAUGUCUUUUCUUUUAAAGAUUUUUUUAACUCCUAUUAAUUCCAUCUAACCACAACUUUCUCAGUCUUCUCCUUAUUUUCCAUAUACACUUCACCUAUUCCCUUAUAUUCAGCCUUUAUGUUUCUUCUGACACACCCAACCCUUACUGCCAUUAUAAUAAAGGGGCAAAAACAUGAUGUUAUAUACAUCCACUUUCAUUUCUUUCAACAAAAUUCUCACAUCAGAUGAAAUAGAUAGAAAUGUAAUAGUAUUAAUAUUUAUUAAAUUUCUCUAUUUUCCAACUAUUCUCCUUUGAGGAAGAAAUGUGUGUAUUAGUGAGGACAGUUUCUAUAAAAAAAACUUCAUGUACCAUGUUUCCCCGAAAAUAAGAUCCAGUCUUAUAUUUUUUUGCCUUCAGAAGAGGCACUGGGUCUUAUUUUGGGGAGAUGUCUUACCCACUUACCUCAGGACCACCACAGCCAGACCUCCCACGCUCCAACACCUGUUGCGCCACCACCUAAUUUCUGUGGCUGCUUGUAGCAGCUCAGAGCAGGACGCCACGUGGCAUGUUGUGCCGGUGCCCCAGCUCAUGGCAAGAAGCCACAUUGCGCCAAUGCCACCACUCACAGUAGGCCAUGUGGUGCAUUGUGCUGAUGCCAUCCCGCGCAUGCCACGGCACCACAUGCCACAUGGUUUCCUGCUGCAAGCGGCAGCACUGAUGCACUGCAGCAUGUGGCCUCUUGCCACCAGUGGCGGUACCAGCUCAAUACACCACAUGGCUUGCCCCAAGCGGCUGCAUCAGCAUGCCACACCAUAUGGCCUCCUAUCACAAGCGGCCACCAGCAACUGGAAAAAGUGGGCCAGUGGCCACACAAGCUCUUGCUGGAUAGGGCUGCUGCUGGUGCCACUGCCACAAGGCGAGGUAGGUGUCGGUGUGAAAGGCCUGGCUGCGGGGGCCCUGAGGUAAGAGGGUGUGGGGCACGUGGGGCAGCUCCACCCCACCACCCCAGCCCUAGUUUGAUUUUUACGUGUGCGCCUCACCCCACCUCAUACAACUAGAUGGACGGAGUCUUAACUAGGGCUUAUUUUUGAGGUAGGACUUAUAUUAGGCACACUCAUAAAAAUCAAGCUAGGGGUUAUUUUCAGAAAUGAUCUUAUUUUCAGGAAAAUAUGGUAGGAAGCUUUCAUUGUUUAAAUUACAGGAAAUACAGUAAUUGCUUCAUUGAAUGUAAGUUUUGUUUUUGUUUUUUACAUAAUUUUUAAACAUUAGCACAUUUAUUUGGCAAUCCCACCAUUUUGCUUAUCUGUGGCAAAUGGAAAUUACCUAAUCAGUGUUUGGUUGCAUUUCAGCAACUAGUUGUUGUUGUUAAUUGCGAAGUUGUGUCCGACCCAUCGCGACCCUAUGGACAACGUUCCUCCAGGUCUUCCUGUCCUCUACCAUCUUCUGAAGUCCAUUUAAGUUCACACCUACUGCU